AUGAAGUUCCUUUGCCUUCCAGGUACCUUUGGCAGUGCCGUUAAUUUUGAGACCCAGCUCCAGCCCCUCGUUUUCCGACUCAAGGAACACGGCAUUGCCCAAUUCUCCUUCACGCAGGGGCAGCACAAGGCCACUCCACCCCCGGGGUUUGAGCGAUACUUUGGCGUUGCCCCCAACUACCGCUUCGUUGGCUUCGAUGGUCUGCACGGAAAUAUCCGCAACUUGACAGUGGGCGAGGGCUAUCAUGAAGACACCAUGAGACGUCAUGUUCGUACAAACAAGGUAGACCGUUGUCCUUGGGCCAAUGUCCAGGAUGCCGUCAAUUACGUGUUUGAGACGAUGGAAGCCGACCAGGACAUUCAGGGUCUCCUAGCCUACUCCGAAGGCGCCAUGAUAGCAGCGACGAUGGUGCUGCAAGAUACUCAAAGAGCGGUGCGAGACAGCCGGCCGAGACGGAUCAAGUGUGCAAUAUUCCUAUCAGGGUGGCCUCCCCUGUGCGAGCGCGAAGGCGGGGGCACGAGCUUGGUCCUAGCGGACGAAACGACAAAGGACAUGAUGAUUGACAUACCCACCCUACAUGUGCUGGGCUGUAACGACCCUUACCUUGCUGGCGCCGUGUCGCUAUACAACAUGUGUGACGAAGACACGGCCGAGUUGUUGGAUCAUGGCAUGGGUCAUGCCAUCCCGCGAGAUGCCGACACUGUCGAACUGAUCUGCGAUGCGGCCAGGCGGCUUGUAGAUAAGGUAUGA